UGCAAGUAGGGUGAAAUCUCGAGAGCUGUCUGAAAGAAAGCCGAGUGAGGAACAAACAGCUAGAAGGGUUUUUAAACGUGCAUUUAUGAGGCGGUGGCUCUGCAACACUCUGCAGGAAGGCAGACCUUCAACUUUUGAUAACUUGAAGUUAUCUAACGAAGACAAACGUUUAAUUUAACUUCUCUUUUUGUUUACUUGGGGAAAGUUUAACUCCGCCUGCACGGCUCGGAGUAGCCCCAUUUCCGAGCAGAAAGUCAAGUCGGUGGUCGGCAGUUGGUUCUGCAGGAAUGUCGCAGAAAGAAAGACCCACGUUUUACCGACAGGAGGUCAACAAGACGAUAUGGGAAGUCCCGGAGCGAUACCAAAACCUGUCUCCAGUUGGCUCUGGUGCCUACGGAUCCGUGAGUUCUGCAUAUGAUAUGAAGACUGGUUUGAAGAUAGCUGUGAAGAAGCUCUCUCGGCCGUUUCAGUCCAUCAUCCAUGCCAAGAGAACAUACAGAGAGCUGCGCUUGCUGAAGCACAUGACGCAUGAAAAUGUGAUUGGCCUCCUAGAUGUCUUCACUCCUGCUACUUCUCUGAAGGAAUUCACAGAUGUAUAUCUUGUGACUCACUUAAUGGGGGCAGAUCUCAACAACAUAGUGAAAUGUCAGAAACUCACAGAUGACCAUGUCCAGUUCCUCAUAUACCAGAUCCUCAGAGGGUUGAAGUAUAUCCACUCAGCAGACAUCAUUCAUAGAGACUUGAAACCCAGUAAUCUGGCAGUGAAUGAAGACUGUGAGCUGAAGAUUUUGGACUUUGGUUUGGCGCGGCACACAGAUGAUGAGAUGACCGGCUACGUGGCCACCCGCUGGUACCGGGCCCCAGAGAUCAUGCUGAACUGGAUGCAUUACAACAUGACGGUGGAUAUUUGGUCAGUGGGGUGUAUAAUGGCAGAACUCCUCACUGGAAAAACUCUGUUUCCUGGUACCGACCACAUUGAUCAGUUGAAGCUAAUCAUGAUGCUCGUCGGAACACCAGGGCCUGAGCUCUUGAUGAAAAUAUCUUCAGAGUCUGCCAGGAACUACAUCAGCUCCUUGCCACACAUGCCCAAGAGGAGCUUUGCUGAUGUGUUCAUUGGUGCCAACCCUCAAGCUGUGGACCUUUUGGAGAAAAUGCUGGUUCUGGACACAGACAAGCGGAUAACAGCAGCCGAGGCUCUGGCUCACCCCUACUUCGCUCAGUACCACGACCCAGAUGACGAGCCUGAGGCCGAGCCCUACGAUCAGAGCUUUGAGAGCCGCGAGUUGGAGAUUGAAGAGUGGAAACGAUUAACCUACGAGGAGGUGUGCAGUUUUCAGGCACCGAUCUUCGACGAGGAUGACAUGGAGUGAUGAGACAUGCUACCCACUUCGACCCCAGCUUCAGACAAUUUGUAACAACCUUCAACAUGUGCAUUAGUGUUAAAGAGAUGCCUGCCAACAUUUGUCAGUCUUUAUUAACCGAGAAAACAUUGUCCAUGAUUAGCUCUUGUAAGGAGAUCAUUACCAGCACAGGGAAGAGCUUGACCAAUAAUCAUUAUUCUUAUUUAUGAACCACUAAUGUUGAUGAUCUGUUGCUGGGAAAUUUCACUUCUUGCCAAUCUCUGAAAUAAUGUAUAUUCUUCAGAUCUUUUUUUAAAAAAAUUUAGACUUUCAUCACUGUGACAUUGAGAUGCUGAAACACCUGGACCUAUAGCUGUGCUAUUUUGUGUUUUAAAAUGUUCUAUAGAGUAACUUAUGAAUAAGCUUUUGCGUCUAUCAAUGGAAAAAGGAUUAUGCUAGUCUACCACUUACCCUGCCGAGUUGUCACAUUUAGAACUGGGUCGCGUGUAUUCGGCUAUUGCCAUGAUUGUUCCUAUAUUUAAAAAAAGAGAUAAUUUGAAGGGAUUUUAUAUUUGUGACAGAAGUAGAUUUUUAUGUUUUUAGGUAUUUGACAAUUUGAGAAUGUGCCUGUUCUGUGUAGUCGGCGACCUUUUUGUGCUCUCCAAAUGCAUUUUACACAUUUUAAUGUUUAUUUUGAUAGUUUUAGAUGCUCUGUGAGACUCAUACAUAUGUCGGCUACACAGAAAAAGCUGAGCCUCUGCUGUUUAAGGACAGCGCUAUUCAACAAGGCACCUAAAAUAGGAAAAAAAAUAUUCAUGGGUACACGCUCUGCUCAAAAAUAUGUAAAUAUCUGUGCCAUAUUCUUUAAAUCUCUGACUUAUUGUGGUUAUGUUAUGAAGCAAUCACUUUUAGUAAGUAAAUCAGUAUUUUGUGUGCGUUUGUGAGAGUGAGUUCUUGGUUUACAAGAAUUUUAAGUGUCAUGCUAAAAUCCUCUAAUAGAAAUACUGCUUAAAUGUGCAAAAGAGGCAUUUCGGAUGUAUUUAUACUUUGUGGAGGUGGUAUUUAUAAACAACAAUCGAAAAAUCCCUUAAACUAUUUUCAGUCCAGCAAAGUAACUACUAUCUUCAGUCCUUUGUUUAACAAAAUAAAGACUUAUUUUCAAGA